CCGGUAUUUUCUGUUAGUUCAUUGUUCUGAUUCACAGUUCAUAUUUUACCCGCCUACCAAAAGCAACUGACACCACCGACCAAAAAUUUAAAUUAUAUAUUUUUUCCACGUUGUUCAUAUUCGAGUAGCUGUAAACUAAUGAUUAGCUUCAUAUUAAUCUUUUCUCGUGGUAUUUUACAAAUAAAAAAAGUUAGAAUGUCUAAUCUGGCAACGCUGUUCCCAUGUGCCUGAUGCUGCUGUCGUUGCUGUCAACAACAAGUUGCUGAUAGUGCUUGAUAGCUGCACAGUAGUCUUCAUUGUCCGCUCCUCCCAUUCCACGAGUGUUGCUUAAUAUUUACAUAAUACGCAUCAAUAAAAACCCCGAAAUGCUUUCGAAGUCACGCUUUCUUGCGCCAGGAUGGUCGCAGUGCCAGCUGAUACGAUAUACACUCCGGGCGUUGCACAUUUCCGAAGCAAACGUUCUAACUACCGAUGUGAAUCGACAAUCUGCUGAGUAUAAGGAAAACCAUUCACAAAUGAACGAAUUGGUUGGUGAACUUAAAUCCAUCACCGACCAAGUGCUGAGCGGAGGAGGACCAGAAGCAAUCAAACGGCAUACUAGCAAAGGAAAGCUGCUUGCUCGGGAUCGUAUAAAUAGAUUAGUGGAUCCAGGUUCUCCCUUCCUGGAACUGAGCACAUUAGCCGGUUACGAGAUGUAUGGAAAAGAUGUGGUCAAUUCAGCAGGAAUUGUCACUGGUGUCGGACGGAUUCAGGGUGUAGACUGUGUUAUUGUAGCCAAUGACGCAACAGUUAAGGGAGGCACCUACUACCCGAUCACCGUGAAAAAACAUCUACGGGCUCAGGAAAUUGCACAAGAGAAUAAUCUUCCCUGCGUCUAUCUGGUUGAUUCCGGCGGUGCUAACUUACCGCGACAGGCGGAUGUAUUUCCGGAUAAAAUGCAUUUCGGGCGUAUUUUCUUCAAUCAGGCUAACAUGUCAGCGGCUGGAAUUCCGCAAAUUGCCGUCGUAAUGGGAUCGUGUACUGCUGGUGGUGCGUACGUCCCGGCCAUGGCGGAUGAAAGCAUUAUCGUGAAAAAGCAAGGCACAAUUUUCCUAGCAGGACCACCUUUAGUUAAGGCAGCCACUGGAGAAGUUGUAUCAGCGGAGGACUUGGGAGGAGCAGAUUUGCACUGCCGAACGUCUGGUGUUACAGACCACUACGCUGUUGAUGACGAACAUGCGCUCUAUCUGGCCAGACAGGUUGUGCAAAACUUGAACCGACCGAGUGGAUACGACGAAAAAGCUGGAUAUUCUUCGAAAGCAAUGAUGAGUCACGAUGGGUUGAGUUUCCUGCCGGAAGCGGAAGUGCCUCGUUAUGAUGCAGAGGAGUUGUACGGAAUCGUUGGAGCGAAUUUGACUAAAUCUUUUGACGUACGAGAAGUAAUAGCUCGAAUUUUUGACGGAAGCCGUUUUACGGAGUUCAAAAAGUUUUACGGAGAAACGAUCGUGUGCGGUUUCGCACGGCUCUACGGUCAAUUGGUCGGAGUGGUCGGGAAUAACGGCGUGUUGUUUUCCGAAAGUGCACUCAAGGGUGCUCAUUUCAUACAACUGUGCGCGCAGAAGAAAAUUCCACUGAUAUUUUUGCAGAAUAUCACCGGUUUUAUGGUGGGUAGAGAUGCCGAAGCUGGAGGAAUAGCGAAAAAUGGUGCUAAGAUGGUGACAGCUGUGGCAUGUGCCAAUGUUCCCAAGCUGACAUUGAUCAUUGGUGGAUCGUACGGUGCGGGAAAUUACGGCAUGUGUGGCCGGGCCUAUUCACCACGAUUUUUGUAUAUGUGGCCGAACAGUCGCAUUUCGGUUAUGGGCGGUUCGCAGGCAGCCGGUGUGCUGGCACAAAUCACCGAGGAACAGUACAGGCGUUCCGGGAAAGAAUGGACAACCGCUAUCGGAGACAAGAUAAAAGCACCGAUAAUUCAACAGUUCGAAGCGGAAGGAUCUCCAUAUUACAGUACGGCUCGAUUGUGGGACGACGGAAUUAUCGAUCCCAUAGACACUAGAAAAGUACUUGGCUUGAGUUUGCAGGCGGCGCUCAAUAAGCCUAUUGGCGAAACCAAAUUCGGAGUGUUUCGUAUGUAGACAGUCUGGAUACGACCAAGUGAUCGUAACGUAACAAUUGUCUUCCAUUUGUAAGAGUUACCGAAGUGCAUUUGGUAGAAAAUAGAAUAAUAUUUACAAUGGAGGAAUACCGGUUUCGGUUUGUGAUUAUACCAGAAAUUGCAUUUAAUGCCAGCUGCAUUUUCAAUAAUUAAGAAAAUAAAAUUUUGUUUUGUUGA